UGAUUCAAUUAAGUUUACCAAUAUUACAAUUGAGUACUAAAAUACGUCACUGGCUGCUCAUGUGAUUAGCCGUAAAUCCCCCGGAUUAUACAUAAUGUACUGGCUGCCCCACCACAUAAGAUUUCCAGCGUGCUUACUAGAAGGUCCGCGCAGCCGCGGCUUGAUGUCAUUAUUCAACUUCAACUCUGGGUGUUAAAUUCUGAAAACAAAAACACCAACCGUUCAUCAUCACUAGCAUUUCUCGACUUAGCCGAUUCCAAAAACCAUGGGUUCCAUCGUUCUACCACAUUUGAACACCGGCUGGCACGUCGACCAAGCCAUCCUUUCGGAAACCGAGCGCGUUGUCGCAAUUCGUUUCGGCCGCGAUCAUGACCCCGAAUGCAUGCGACAAGACGAGGUCCUAUACCGUAUCGCAGAUAGGGUAAAGAACUUUUGCGUCAUCUACGUCUGCGACAUCGACCAAGUACCCGACUUCAACCAGAUGUAUGAACUAUAUGACCCUUGCACUAUCAUGUUUUUCUACCGAAACAAGCACAUGCUAUGCGAUUACGGCACGGGAAAUAACAAUAAGCUCAACUUCGUCCUCGAAGACAAGCAAGAGCUAAUUGAUAUCAUCGAGACGGUUUAUAAAGGCGCCAAGAAAGGUCGAGGUCUAGUCGUCAGUCCAAAAGACUAUUCUACACGCUACCGAUAUUAGUUAACAGGGGACGUUACCACGCCCCAGCACGGGUUUUCGUUGAGCACCUUACUCGUGAGGAAUCUGCCGGUUAGUCUCGGGCUAGGUAGAUAUAGGAGUUAUCGGGAAGCAUUAUGGUAUGUAAUAUAGUUGGGGACACUUUAAGCAAUGACAGAGCUAAUAACGUUUCUCUCCGUAUUCAGAGCUAUUUGA